AAUCGACAAUUUCUUCUUCAAGUCAGACAGCAAUUUUAAUCACAGCCAAUAGCACAAUGAAACUUAUUAUCUUCAGCUUUUUGCUUCUUUCGGCUAUUAGUUAUGCAACGUCGCAAAGAUAUGGCAACAAUAUACCUAUCAUCAAGUACAACUACGACCCUCGUCCAGAUGGCUCAUACACAUAUGAAUACGAAACUGGAAAUGGAAUAGUCGCCAAUGAGAAUGGAUACCCAAAAGGUUCGGAUUCGCAAGUAAAACAGGGAUCUUAUUCGUAUACAGGUCCAGACGGAAACCGUUACACCAUCAACUACAUAGCAGAUGAGGAUGGUUUCAGAGCUCAAGGUGCCCAUCUUCCAACAGCUCCACCAAUUCCAGAUGCGAUCCUGAAAUCUUUGCAGUACAAUGCGGCUCAUCCUGAGGAGGAUUCAUCCCAAAGAAGAUUCUUCAAAUAAUCUCGAACGCUUUUGCUAAUGAUAUCAGUCGACGAUUCGGAUUUCUUGUAAAUGCAUUUUUAAAAUUUCGGUAAUUUAAGUAAUGUUCAUAUCAAAAAUUAUGACUGAUCAAUUAAUUGAUGAUUAUUUCAUUACAAAACAUAACGUAGCCGGUCAGUAACUCUAAUUCUGAUAACUUUAAUUAAUUUAGUUCUUACGCAACUCUCGAUGUGUUCAAAUGACGACGACAUAAUUUAUAAUUUAAGAUAUUUUAUU